AUGGCUCAAUUUACUCUCUUCUCUCAUAAAGGAGGCCCAAAUCCCUGGAGACCAGUUCAUGCUUUGAAAGAAUUAAAUCUUUCUUACGAAACAGUUUUUUACGAUUUUGGGAAAAAUGAGCAGAAGAACGAACAACACCUUUCUUACAAUCCCAAUGGGAGAGUUCCUACAUUAAUCGAUCAUCAAAACAAUGAUUACGUAAUCUGGGAGUCCGAUGCUAUUUUGGCCUACUUGACAGACAGAUACGACAAGGAAAGAAAGAUUUCGUUGCCUCAUGAUCAUCCAGAGUACCAUCAUUUGCUUCAGUAUCUGUUUUUCCAGUCUUCAGGUCAAGGUGUCAUUUGGGGACAAGCAUCCUGGUUUAACUUUUACCAUCCAGAACCUGUUGCAUCUGCCAUUACUAGAUACAGGAAUGAAAUAAAGCGUGUGCUCGGUGUUUUAGAAAGAAUUCUCCAAGACAAGGACUAUCUCGUUGCUGACAAAUCUUCCACAAUUGGACUUCGAAAAGGAGUUCCCCAAGACCUAUGCUUGGCAUAA